CGCACACAGCGGCACCAUCAGCGCGGCCGAAGCAACUGGAAAAGAAGAGAAAAAGCAACAACACCGCACACGAGCCGUGGAGAUAAGAAAAAAAAUGGGAUAACGAAACGAACAGUUUUCUGCCGGAUCCCACCAGCUUGAUCGCGUCCUGGAAGAAACUCAGAUGUUGUCGUCGCUCGCGUUUUGCGCUCUUUAUCCGUUCUCCUUGAGCGCCGCUGGUACAAAGGCGCUCGGUCCCGAGCAGCAGCACCUGGGAUUACUGCCGUGUGGAUGGGGGGCAGCGAACGGACCCACUAUCGCGGACAAACCCGGAAUAAUAGACACAGACCGUGAGUGAGCCUAGCAGGAUUAAAACACUUUCCUCCCCCCCUCUCUCGCUCUCUCUCUCACUGUCACCCCCGCCAAGACUGACGCUGUCAUUGUGUCGAGGUCUGAGAUUUUAAAAGAAAUUCCUCCUCUCAAAGUGGCCUUCUCUGGAAUAAUGCAUGAGAAAGACGAGCUCUCUUCCAGCUUUUUAUUCCUCUUCAUGCCUCACGCCUUCCCAGCUCUUCCUCCGACUGAACAGCCGGCGUCUCUUCUCCCGAAUGGGAUGUAUUGUUGCAUCUGCGCAGCCCACGACAAGUGUCAGCAAUUGGACUGUGUGUGUCUGAACGGGUUACCUAAAGGCCUCUUAUAAACACUGCUUUUGACUGGAGGUGGCCAUUGUUGUCGAGAAGGACUCUGUGGCGGACUGGACUCAAAAAAGGACCAUCCGUGCGCCCUUGGCAUCAUUCGCCCGGUGUAUGUGAACCGGGGUAGGUCACAGAAAUAAUUUUGUUUAAUUAUGGUGGAGCCGGUGGGUUUCAUUGAAGCGUGGAAGGCGCAGUUCCCGGAGUCAGAGCCCCCCAAGAUGGAGCUGCGCUCUGUAGGAGGCAUUGAGCAGGAGCUGGAGAAGUGCAAAGCGUCCAUCAGGCGCCUGGAGCAGGAGGUGAACAAGGAGCGCUUCCGCAUGAUCUACCUGCAGACCCUCCUGGCCAAGGAGAGGAAGAGCUAUGACAAGCAGCGGUGGGGCUUCAGGAAGACGCCGCUGAACGAGGGGGUGGACUCUGCGGCCACGCAGGGUGCAGAGUGCCAGUCCCAGCAGCCACACAUGCAAGAGACAGGUGGAGUUGGAGUGGUUGUAGGAGGAGGUGGUGGAGGCUACGGCGGUUGCAGUGGGGGACUUGGGGAUAGGAGCCGUUAUCAGCCUCUUGGAGAUGGAGCUGGCAGGUCCAAACCCAGGCCUCCGCCAGCGAGGAAGUCAGCCUCCCACGGAGACGGCCUGGAGUCAGCCUUUGAGGUACCCCAGCAGGCUGAGUCCACGUCCUGCGACAACCUAGACGGCCUCUCGCCGUCCAAGCAGAGAGGCGGCAUCUCUGUCUCCCCCCGCAGACCCAACCUCCCGCCCCCAGACAAGGAGGUGCCCUCUGACCCCAAGGACAAACUGGGGAUGGGACUUGGCGUGGCAGCUCUAAGGUCCAACUUUGAGAGGAUCAAACGGGCCAACUCUCACUCUGCGGGCGAUGUAGCGAAGGGCCAGGAGAAGCAGCUGCCACCGCCACCGCCACCAUUCUACUCCAAUAUGGAAUUCCACCACGAGAGGGGUCUGGUCAGGGUCAACGACCGUGACGUCUCUGACAAGAUCAGCACCCUGGGCAGCCAGGCCAUGCAGAUGGAGCGAAAGAGAUCCCUUCACUCCCUCCCAGGUAACCUGGCAACGGUGGCAGGGGAGCUCCGCGCCAGGCCAGUGUAUAGAGGUCGGUCUACUGAGAGCACCUGCGGUUAUGAUGCCGAGUAUGAAGACGGGGAACCCAACCAGCGACAUUCAGGGAGGGCCAAUGGUGGCAAACCUCCACCCCCUCCUUGGCAGCCCUCGGAGUUCCAGGCCUACUCUAGUGUGUAUGUUGGUGGGGUGAUGAUGGGUGAAGGUGGCGGUGGAGAUGGGAGAGGCGGUGGUGGAGGUGGUAGUGGAGUCACAAUGAGAGACCUUGGGGGAGGUGAUGACCACCUCCUGACCUGGCCCCGCCGUUCCUACUCCCCAGGAAGCUUUGAGGAUGUCGGCGGAGGCGGCGGCUACACGCCGGACUGCAGCUCCAAUGAGAACCUGACGUCCAGCGAGGAGGACUUCUCUUCAGGCCAGUCCAGCCACGUCUCCCCCAGUCCCACCACGGCCUUCCGCCGGCCCUUCAGAGAGAAGAGCCGCUCGCCGUCCCAGAACUCCCAGAACUCCCAGCACUCCUUUGACAGCAGCAGCCCUCCGACGCCGCAGUCCCAGAAGCGUCACCACCGGCAGCAGGGAGGCCACGUGGUCAUGUCUGAAGCCACUAUUGUGAGCGUUCGGAAGACCGGUCAAAUCUGGCCACCUGCUGCCCACCAUGACCUCGUCCCCCACGGUAGAACAUUGCAUGACAACAGUUUCCAUGGAGACCACCUAGAUGGUCAUUUCACCGGGACCCCUCCCACGUACGGCUACGAUGCAGACCGAGCAGAGGAGCAGCGGAGGCACCACGACAUCCUGCCGUACAUCGAUGACUCGCCGUCAUCUUCGCCGCACCUCAGCUCCAAGAGCCGCAGCAGUCGCGACACCCUCUCCUCUGGAUCCUUAGAGUCCUCCAAGUCGACUGAAUGUGACCUGGAAAAAGGUUUGGAGAUGAGGAAGUGGGUCCUGUCUGGGAUCUUGGCCACAGAGGAAACAUACCUCAGUCACCUGGAGGCACUGCUGCUGCCCAUGAAGCCUCUGAAGGCCGCAGCUACGACGUCGCAGCCCGUGCUCACGGUGGCCCAGAUAGAAACGAUCUUCUUCAAAGUGCCUGAGCUCUACGAGAUCCACAGGGAGUUCUACGAUGGGCUGUUCCCCCGCGUCCAGCAGUGGAGCCACCACCAGAGAGUCGGGGACCUCUUCCAGAAACUGGCCAGCCAGCUUGGAGUUUACAGAGCAUUUGUGGACAACUACGAGCUGGCUGUGGAGACGGCGGAGAAGUGCUGCCAGGCUAACACGCAGUUUGCUGAAAUCUCAGAGAACCUGAAGGUGAGGAGCCCCAAGGACUCUAAGGACCAGACAGCCAAGAACUCUCUAGAGGCUUUGCUUUAUAAACCGGUGGACAGAGUGACCCGCAGCACAUUGGUACUUCAUGACUUGCUCAAACACACACCAACCAGCCACCCGGACCACCCGCUCCUGCAGGACGCCCUGCGAAUCUCCCAGAACUUCUUGUCCAGCAUCAACGAGGAGACGACGCCCCGGCGCCAGUCUAUGACUGUCAAGAAGGGAGAGAGCCGCCAGCUUCUGAGGGACAGUUUCAUGGUGGAGUUGGUGGAGGGAGCGAGGAAGCUGCGUCACGUCUUCCUCUUCACUGACCUGCUGCUCUGCGCCAAGCUGAAGAAACAGAUCGGAGGUAAAAACCAACAGUAUGACAGCAAGUGGUACAUCCCCCUGACAGAGCUGACCUUCCAGGGCCCUGAGGAGACCGAGCCACUCACUAUCCCCCAGGUCCCCGAUGAAGAGCUCGACGCCAUGAAGGUCAAGAUCUCGCACCUCCGCAGCGAGAUGCAGAGAGAGAAGAGAGCCAACAAGGGUUCAAAAGUCAUCGACCGUCUCAGGAAGAAGCUGUCUGAGCAGGAGUCUCUGCUCCUGCUGACGUCUCCGAGCAUGCCCCUCAGACUCUACAACAAGAACAGCAAGAGUUACAGUUUCCUGAUUUCGUCUGACUAUGAACGUGCAGAGUGGAGGGAGAUAAUCAAGGAACAGCAGAAGAAAUGUUUUAAAACGUCCUCCUUGACUUCCAUGGAGCUGCAAAUGUUGACCAACUCCUGCGUCAAACUGCAGACCGUCCACCACAUUCCACUUAGCAUCAAUAAAGAAGAGGAUGAAUCCCCCGGUCUCUACGGGUUCCUGAAUGUAAUCGUCCACUCUGCCUCCGGCCUCAAACAGAGCUUGAAUCUCUACUGCACAUUGGAGGUGGAUUCCUUUGGCUUCUUUUCAAAUAAAGCCAAGACGAGAGUGUAUCGAUACACUACUGAACCCAAGUGGAACGAGGAGUUUGAGAUUGAGCUGGAGGGCUCUCAGACCCUGAGGCUGCUCUGCUACGAGAAGUGUUACAACAAGACCAAGCAGAACAAAGAGGAUGGAGAGAGCACAGACCGCAUCAUGGGGAAAGGACAGAUCCCGCUUGACCCCCAGACUCUCCAAGGCAAAGACUGGCAGAGAACAGUUAUUCCCAUGAAUGGGAUCGAGGUUAAACUUUCCAUGAAGUUCACCAGCCGAGAGUUCAGCCUGAAGAGGAUGCCCUCGCGGAAACCCAUGGGCGUGUUUGGAGUCAAGAUCUCCACAGUGACCAAGCGAGAGCGCUCUAAGGUGCCCUACAUUGUCCGGCAGUGCCUGGAGGAGAUUGAAAGGAGGGGUAUGGAGGAGGUGGGCAUCUACCGAGUGUCAGGAGUGGCCACUGACAUUCAGGCCUUGAAGACCGCCUUUGACACCAAUCAUAAAGACGUGUCAGUGAUGAUGAGUGAGAUGGACGUUAAUGCCAUCGCUGGGACCUUGAAGCUGUACUUCAGAGAGCUGCCAGAGCCGCUCUUCACGGACGAGCUCUACCCCAACUUUGCAGGCGGCAUCACCUUGUCUGACAGUGUUGCCAAAGAGAGCUGUAUGUUGAACUUGCUGCUGUCACUGCCUGAACCCAACCUGGUCACAUUCCUUUUCCUGUUGGAUCACCUGAAGAGGGUGGCAGAGAAGGAGAGUAUCAACAAGAUGUCUCUCCACAACCUGGCAACGGUGUUCGGGCCGACCUUGCUGAGGCCUUCCGAGAAGGACAGCAAGAUCCCAGCUAACCCCACCCAACCCAUCAGCAUGGGGGACAGCUGGUCCCUGGAAGUUAUGGCACAGGUCCAGGUGUUGCUGUAUUUCCUGCAGCUGGAGACCAUCCCCACUCCGGACAGUAAACGACAGAGCAUCCUCUUCUCCACCGAAGUAUAGAGCUAAGAUUGACUCUGCCACCCUGAGACUUUGACCAUGAAGGAGUGAAAAAGAGACUGACCGUGGCUCAAAGUGAGCCUAUAGUAGUGUGUUUUUGAAUUGACUGAUCAGGUUCCAGGGAAGGAUUGUCUCUGGGGAUGCCUGCCUGCCUCCAACACAAGAGGGCGCCAUUGGGCGUCUGAAGCUCAGACGGUGUGAGGUCCUUAUUUCUCAUGACCUGAUAUUUAGUGUGACUCCUUGUACCUUCAGUGAUGGUGUGGGUUCAUCUGCCAUCCACAUUUCUCCAUCUGUUUGUUGGUCUUAACAUUGGAUCUUUGCAGCUUGUAGACAGGUUUAUAAAUCAAGAAACGGUCAAAAUCAGUCCAUCAGCGAACGAAAUACAUACUUCUUGAUUGCUGAAUUAUUUUGCCAACAAAUCAGCAUUUCCCUGUGCAUUUGUGCUUCAGCGUUGUUCUCUAUCUGUGUUUAUUUUGGACAAUCAUCAGCUCAACACUGCAGAAUCUGUUUAUCCGUCUCAAGCGUUGCUUCAUGUCCUAAAAUUCUCACCUUACAUGUCUUACAUAAUCUCAGCGCGUUGCCUCUGAGACAUCUGCGCUGCGUGUGGGAGUCAAAAGCUAACAUCCAGAGCUGGCACUAUGCCCUUGGCUUUGUUCUUUGGGUCAGGAAGCCAACACCUGUACGUUAAAGUGUUUACAACAUAAACAAACCGCAGUUGGAGUCAGAGACAAAUGCCACAGCUUGAAGUGGGACUGUAAGAGGAAAAAAAAAAAGGAACCCGAUGAUUAGUAAUACACUGCAAUCUGACUGCCUGCGGUUUUUCCGAUCAGUAAAGCAAAUUUCCUCUAUUUGUGUUGUUUGUGUCUCAAGGUAGUCUUCAGCUUAAAUAUCCAGGAAGCAAUAUAUUUUCUAACAUAGGAGUUGUCUGUGUUCAUAUCUUUGCUGAUGACAUGUCCUCCUUAUUGUAACACGGGACAUCUUGCCAAAUUAAUAUGUCGGGGUUUUUUUUGUUUCUAGCAGAAAAGGAAGCAGUUGUAUUUACAGAUACAGUAUGUACAUAAUCUUAAAGUUGUAUUUUUUUGUUUUGGUUUAACAGUAUAAUCAUUGUUGCGAUUAUUGUAAUUUAUUUUGGGGGCCUGGGGGGAGAAAUGGGUUUGUUUUUCUAUGUGAACCUUUUUUUCCAUUUGAAAGUGGUAGGUCUUAGCCUUGACUUCAAGUCUUGCAGUAAAUAAGCAGGAUUUAGCCUUGUUCUUAUAGAAACUACUCUGCUGUUCUGUCCAGCCUAUCAGUUAUUAUUCAUUUAGAUAUUAUUAUGAAGGUAACACACACAUUGUAGUUACAGACUGUAUGCUGCUGUGGAAAAGGCACAAGCUCUUUAACUGCUGGGUGUUCCUCAGCAGAACGUCUCACAUCCAGAGACCAUCGCCUGUCUAGUGUAGACAUUAUGCAAUGUCAUGAGACAGCACACACACACACACACACACACGACAUUGUCUCUUUUUGUACCAUUUAAUCUGUGGCUGCAGAAGUGCACUCAUGCAAUGUUAGAACUACUGUAUUACAAUUUAAGUGACCUGAGCACACAGCGUUUAUAUCCAGCGAAGAGCAUAUUUGUUGGUCUUAAUGAAGGAAUUUAUUUAAUCUUCUCCUGACAUCUUUUCUUUGUCUGACUAAUUAUUUGUCCCUGUAACUGUUCGUCAUCCUGUUAAGCCUGAAGGCGUCCAACUCAAUUAAAAGGAAAUCUCUGAAGAUAUUUUGUUGAUACUAAAAUGACAUAUUUCUCAUUUUAAUUUCUAUAUCCUUGAUUUAACAUGCAGGCAUGUUUUAUUGUUUUUUUCUUUUUCACUCUUUGGUCUUUUUACUGUUGUCCUGUUUACAAAUAUAUCCUCAUAGACUUUGGGAUGUCGGUAACUCGUGAGUGUCUGGUUUAUAUUAUUUCAGCAUGUCCUUUUCUGGCCAGUUUAAAGGAUGGGUCACAGUUGUUCAAGUCUGUCUUUAAACAGGUCAUUGAAACAGCUUUUGCUGGCUGUAAUCUUUCUUAUGUUUAUACUGGACAAAAGAACCCUUCCUGAUGCGUUUUCAGUGGAAGUGAUGAGGGACAAAAUCCUCAGUCCUUGUUCUGUCCAAAGUGUUAAUAUGAGACUUCAGCCCUUUGAGUUAGAAUACUGUUAGCACCACCAUUCUGGAAACCAAAAAUGGGACGAUACAGAUGCUAAAUGUGUUGCACAGAAUCAGGAUUUUGGACUUUGUCCCCAUCACUUACAUCGGCAGCACAUUAGGAAACGUGCUCCCAGUGACCAGUUCACACAGGACGAACGAGUCCAGCAAGCAAAAUUUGUCCAUAAGGACACCUGACUGUUGUUUCAAGACAGAAUUGAAAUGAAUGGUCAAUAUCAUUGUUGGUUUCCCAUAUAUAUCUUACGCAUAAAACUAUAACCAAUUGUGGAAUUAGUGGAUCUGAUAAGGGCUUGUGUGUGGUUGCGUCCAUGUUUAAGAUAACAUAGGGAGGCACGUAUGAGUAAAUGUUAUUAAUAGCAAAUUUUAAGUUCUUAACAUAAAUGUCUUUAGACUUUUCAAAGCAAGAUACAUAUCAACUCUCUCAACGUCAAGACAUUCACACUCACUUUGCACACGAUGAUAGAGAUACUGUUGUUGUGUCAACCCCAUAAAAAAACAAUGUUGAGAUUUUAUUCUGAAAGUGUUCAUGCCUUCGUUUUUGUUUUUUUUCUUUACUGUACUUCCACUAAUUUUGGCCUACUGUAGCAUGCACACGUUUCAUCAUCUGUAUUUUCGGAUAUGAGACAGACAAUUAAUCCACCGUUCAUUCAUUCAUUCAUCCGUCUAUCUGUCACCUUUAUAUUAUAACAGGUCCCGAUUUGCCUACACUACUCUACCCUAUCGUGCCUCAACACUUUCUUUUGUUUCGCGCCUGUGGUACUCCAGACGUGAGAGGAGACACUGUUCAGUCUCCCGUUGCCUUUGCUGACGAUGGCCACACACCUCUCAUCUCUUAACGACUAAGACAGGACCUUAAACUUAAGCAUGGUCUUAGCUCAUGGCGUACAUGCCCGUUCUACUUGCCACCUUCAUCCGACUGUGAUGCUGUAAUUCAAACUUCAAACAAAGUCUUAACCGGGCAAAAGACAGAAUUUCUCGCCCGCGUGCUUGUGUUAUCUCUUAAAGUUUCAGCUCCUUUAAUGCCUUUUUUUUCUUAUUUAUUUAUGCUUUGCCCCUGUUUGGUCUACUGGAGCUAUUUAUUUGUGAUAUAAUAUCAUCUGAAGCUAGAUUAACGUUAGAAAAACGGUCUUUAUAUGUUCUUUCUGUGGGAAAACUUUGGUCAACGAACCAUCCUGUUAAAGUUCCAACUGCUUGUCGCUGUUUUGUCCCAGAAUCACAACCACUGUGUACAAACAUCUUUUAACCUCCUCCUGCAUCAUCGGCUCAUCUCUGUCGUUACUUGUGUUGUACAACAGACUGGCCACUGUGAUUGUUUAGCUAUCUGACGAUAACUGAAUAGCAGGUGCAGGUUCUUGUCAAUUUAAAAAGGUAGAUUUUGUGAGUUAACAUAACUCAGACUUCUCUUACUUUUCCAUGGAGUUGUAUGAUAUGUAUUAUACUAGAGAGUACAUUAUUUGGUUUCCGUUUUAUUUAUUGUGGCGUCUGCUGACAUGUGAUCGUUAAGGAUCGAGCUGGUGCGCCUCUAGUCUCUUUGAAAAGCCAAGCUGUCAGUGUGUUGUAGAGGAGAAAAGAGUCUUAAAUUGCUCUGAAAUCUGCAUUGUUUUGGUCUGUUGAUUGUCAGUGUAACUGCAUGUACCCUCCAUAACCUCAGUCCCUUAGUUCUGUACAUGAAGAAGUAAAUACAACAAAAAAGGUUUAAUUUUUUUGUGGAAUAGCCUGAAGAUAUGGAACAUAUUGCUCUAUAAUUAAAGUUGCAAAUCUCUUCCAGUUAUUGUACAUGACCCUGGUAAUUACCACCACAUUUCCAUCCUAUAGUUAAUACUUUUCACAUGACCCUCUGCUGCCACUUCUAGGACAUCAAGCGGACAUUAAAUAUGACUAUUUUAACCUUUGGAAACGUGCUAGGUUUGUUUUUUUUCAUCGCGUAACGUAAAGCUGAGGAUGAGACUUGCUGACCAACCAAGAACACUUUCUCUUUUUACCUUCCUCAAUUUUUUGACUCUUGUUCCUGUUCAAUAUUCAGUGUUCUGCUUGUAGAACUGUAAAAAGGAAUACUGUAUCCUGAGGGCAAACAUGUUUGGAAGGCAUUUGCAGCCUAUGUUUGUACACAAAAAUGUUAAAUAAAAUCUCC